UUGGAUCAAAUGAGUGACCACAGGAAGUCAGAAACACAACGCGGCCCCUUUAAUUGGGGACGUCGUGACGUAACUGCUGCGUCAUCACGUUCUUUUAAUAAACAAACCCGCGCCAUGGUCUUCCUCCUCCUCCAGCGCCGAGGAUAGAGUCUGUGCUUGUGGGGUCUGAAGAUCCACAGACGGGAUGAUCUACAUCAUAAUGGGAGUCUCCGGCUGUGGAAAAAGCAGCUUAGGCGCUGUUCUUUCAGAAAAGCUGGGCUGGACACUGCAUGAAGGGGAUAAUUUCCACCCACAGGAGAAUGUUGAGAAGAUGGCUCGGGGGGAACCGCUCACAGACGAGGACAGAUUGCCUUGGCUUCUCCAACUACAUGAAGUCAUUCAGAGAGAAAGAUGCUCAGGCUCUGAUGCUUUAGUGACGUGCUCUGCCCUGAAGCGCCACUACAGAUGGAUCAUGCUGCACGGCGCCAAAGCUCUCGACCAGGACAUCCUGCCUCCUAUCGCUCCUGAUGUCUUUUUCCUCUUCCUACAAGGUGACUACAGUCUCAUUCACCAGAGGGUGGCGUCCCGGAGGGGACAUUACAUGAAAGCGGAUCUGCUGCAUUCCCAGUUUGACAUUUUAGAGCCUCCGUUGGAAGAGGAUAACGUGUUGACCCUGGACAUCAGCAGGAGCAUUACUGAUGUAGCAAUUGAGGUUGAAAAGCACAUUAUCAAAUUUAAGCCGUCACCAGCGAUGCCGUAACCACCACAGAGAGGCUGUCAUCAUCAUCUCUAUGUUUUCAAAUGAUUGCCGGUAUUAGGGAUGGUAAUGUCUGUCUGUCAGUAGGUCCACCACUUUGGUCCAGACCGUAGACUGUUAUUAAAAUGAAAACAGUCACUGGGUCCUGAAAGUGAAGCCAAUGUGACAGUGUCUAAAACCAGUAUUCUCUCGAGGAGAGUGUGACUCCACCAUUUGCAAAAAGAAGUCUGUUUCUAUAGAGGUCUAUGAGAAAAGACUUUCUCAUUUGAUUUAUAAUGCCAGAAAUUAUUGGUCUCAAUCUCUAGUUUCAAGUCUUCUUCAAUACAGCAUGAUGAUCAUUUUGUAAAUUAUGUUCCUAUUUAGAUUAAAAUGGACGAUAAAGCACGUUGUGCAUUGAGUUGUGGAUACCGUGUGAUUGACAGCUAAUUCUGGUCGCAGGUCGCAGUUGUAGGUGGAUGUGCAUUGGACAAGCUCUCAGUCACCCCCCGCUCCAAACAUGGUUGCUUCUGGUUUCAAAAAAACAAGACGCGCUUUACAUGUUUGCAUCAUGUGCUGACAUUUCCAUAACAUACAACAAAUGAAAACUUGUGUAUCAGUAAAUUGAUUCAAUUAGUAGCAGGCAACAGUUAUUUUUAUA